AGGCAUUUUGAUUUGACAAACUAACAGAACAAUAAGUACACGUCAGCAGACACUUGCCCUUCCCUAUUAAACUGUUUUCCCUCUCAAUUCUUCCCUUCCAUAAAAAUACCAUCUUCCUCGUUUCGCUCCUUUAACAUUGCAUACCGCCACCAAACACAGUCCUACAUUUUUGGAACUUCUCUUCUCUUCUCUUUCCAAAAAAUAAAAACCAGAAAGAGAUCCAAAAAAUAAUGGUGCACGGUUUUAUUAGUCCAUGGAGAAGGGUGUUAUCGGAAACUACAUAUUCUCUGCGACGGGGGCAAUUUGGUCGACGACGCUGCUUCUCUCUGGUGGCUCACAAAGCUGAGCUUGAUAAAAACAAUAUCGAUUCUGUUCCUAAAUUGCCUCCCUUUGAUUACUCUCCGCCUCCUUACACCGGUCCUUCCGCCGUUGACAUCCUUUCCAAACGCAAGGAGUAUCUCAGCCCUUCCAUGUUUUACUUUUACCAGAAACCCUUGAACGUAGUGGAUGGGAGGAUGCAGUAUUUGUUCGAUGAGAACGGACGAAGGUACCUAGACGCAUUUGGAGGGAUUGCUACGGUGAGUUGCGGCCACUGUCAUCCUGAUGUGGUCGACGCAAUCGUCAACCAAACCAAGCGCUUACAACACUCCACUAUCCUUUACCUCAACAAUGCCAUCGCUGAUUUCGCUGAGGCCCUUGCCAAUAAGUUACCCGGCAAUCUCAAGGUUGUAUUCUUUACAAAUUCAGGGACAGAAGCAAACGAGUUAGCAAUGAUGAUAGCGAGAUUAUAUACUGGAUGCCAUGACAUUAUAUCAUUGAGGAACGCGUAUCAUGGGAAUGCAGCAGGAACUAUGGGCGCCACUGCCCAAAGUAACUGGAAGUUCAAUGUUAUCCAGAGUGGAGUUCAUCAUGCCAUAAACCCAGAUCCAUACCGAGGCGUAUUUGGUUCUGAAGGGGAGAAAUAUGCAAAAGAUGUCCAAGAUCUUAUUCAGUUUGGAACUUCUGGAAACAUCGCUGGUUUCAUUUCUGAAGCCAUACAGGGUGUUGGUGGAAUUAUCGAAUUGGCCCCAGGUUACAUGCCUGCUGUUUAUAGCACCAUAAAGAAAGCUGGAGGCCUUUGCAUAGCUGAUGAGGUUCAGGCUGGGUUUGCUCGCACAGGGAGCCAUUUCUGGGGAUUUGAGAACCAUGGAGUUGUUCCCGAUAUAGUAACAAUGGCAAAGGGCAUUGGAAAUGGCAUCCCUCUCGGUGCCGUAGUAACCACCCCUGAAAUUGCAGAGGUCUUGACCCGCAGAAGUUACUUCAAUACCUUUGGUGGGAAUCCUGUAUGUACUGCUGCAGGGUUAGCUGUCCUGAAAGUGAUCGAAAAAGAAAAGCUUCAGGAGAAUGCACAUGUUGUGGGAUCUCAUUUGAAGGAGAGGCUAACUGCAUUAAAAGAUAAAUAUGAUCUUAUUGGGGAUGUUAGAGGAAGAGGAUUGAUGCUUGGAGUUGAACUUGUCACUGAUCACAAGCUCAAAACUCCUGCAAAGCUUGAAACUCUUCAUAUAAUGGAACAGCUGAAAGAAAUCGGAGUAUUGGUCGGAAAAGGGGGAUUUUAUGGAAAUGUGUUCAGAAUGACCCCUCCGCUCUGCUUUACUAAAGAAGAUGCAGAUUUCCUAGUAGAUGCAAUGGAUUACACCAUGGGCAAGAUGUAAGUAAAGCUUCCCUCAAGUCUUAAAUGUAGAUAAAGAUAUGUUAUGUAAUUGUGAUUAUAUCACAAGUUGAUCCAUUUAUGCACUCUGCUUCUAUAAGGUUAAUAGACUGUGCUGUUUGGAUACCCUUUUAUUUUUUAAUGCUUAUUUUGGUGAAAAAAACCAUCACUCCUAUUUUUAUUUUUUACAUUUUUUUUACUUAAAAUCACUUAUUCAACUUUUCUAUCAAUAAUUAUUUAAUUAACAUUUAAUGCAUCUAUCGUGCAUAAUAAAUUUAAUUACAACACGCCAUUAAAAACAAGUGGAGCUUCAACAUAACUUUUAAUAAUUAAAUCAUAUUCGAUUUUUUCCCAAACUCAAAUAGAUUUGGAGAUUUAAUAAAUAUGAUUUGAAAAAAUUAAAUAAAACAUGAUACAAAAUAUAAUAUAAAAAAAAACACAAAAAAAUUAUGAAAGCCUAUAAACAUCACUUGAUCAUAUCUGUGGAUAAGAUGCUAUAGACAUUCAUAUCUCUGAUUUCUCCUUUACAAAACCCAUACUUCCUUAGCAGGCCUUAUUUCAAGAACCCAACCUUCUCCAACACCCUUUGAGACCCUACAUUUUCUACCUCUACCAAAGCUUCAACCCUUACGAGGCCUUGGAACUCUGUGAAGGCAUUGGCAACCGCCAUAUUCAACGUAGCUGUAGCAAUCCCUUGUCCCCAGUACUCUGCACUCACUGCAUACCCAAGGCGAGCUCUGCUUUUAUCAUUGCCGGAUCCUGGCUUGAUCGAAACGUAUCCGAUGGAACGAUCGUCUAAACAAAUGGAGCGACGAUAAGUUUGGGGUAUAGCAACUUUCUGGAGAUACGACAAGGCCUCUUCCCUGGAAGUGAUGGUGUUCCAUCUGAGAUAACGAGUAACUUUUUCGUCGCUUGCCCAUUUUAGGAAGUCGUCGACGUCGGGGAGGUGGAAUUGACGGAGGGAGAUUCUUGAUGGGUCCAUUUAUAUAAAGGUUAAAAGGAGGUCUUAGCGAGGAUUGAAAAAAAAAAAAAUCCCUUCGAACUUUGUCAAAUUAUUUUGUUCAUAAUGAAUCUACUAUUUAGUGCAUUGAAUUGAA